UUGUUGCUGGUUCUACAAUUGUGGCCUCGUUUAUGUUGUUUUACGAGGCUAGGUUAUGGCUGCAGGUUCAAAUAAUAGCAUUAGUUUUCUCUAGAUUGCUUUGUGAAAUUGUGAUUUGGCUGUGUUGAGGGUUCUAGGGGCUGAUAAUUAAAAAAUUCAGGGCUAAAAAUGGCCCAAAUUAUGACUGAAGGUCAGAUUUUACUAAAUUUGAGGUUUCAUUGAGUUGUGGAGCUUAAUAUAGGCCAGUGGAGCUUAAAGCAUGCUAAUUAUGGUGGGGCUUAAUAUAGGCAUGUGGAGCUAAUUACAUUAAUAUACCCAAAAACUCUAUUCUCUUCAUCGAUCCCUCUCAGUUCUUGUGUUUUCUUCAUCGGAACUGAUACGGAAACACUGAACCUGCUCGUAUGGCGACCAAAUCAUCCCAUGAAGUUCAAAGCAGAAGGAGAGAGAAGAGAACUGGAAGGGAAAAUUUAUUGGGUCAUGGCGAGGAAACAAAGCCAAGAAGCAGGAACCUUGGAGAAAUCGUAGCUAAGUACAGAAAAUCCAAGGAUGCCUCUUCCCUGGCUAUGAGUGCAAAGAACAAGCUGGUGCAAAGGCAGGAAAAGCUUGGUAAAAUCAACAAUCAAACUGAAGAGCUGGAAGGUAAUUCAGAAGACUAUGCAUCAUUGGCAAAUGAACUUCUCAGGAAGAUAGAGAAACGAAAAUGGUGGCAAAUAUGAUAACAGAUAAAAGAGGCCUGAUAUGCUAGCUAUCUGACACUUUUUUUCAGGUUUUCCCUUCUGUUUGUUUACCCCCUUGUGCAUGGUGAGAUUUCUCCAAGACACCAGCAGGAGAUUAUUACCUAAAGUAUGCUUGUUGGCAUGUAAUUCAUUAUACAAUUAUGAACCUGUACUUUGAUAUGUAUGGGAGUAAUUUUCAACUGUGCUUGCAUUUCUAUAGAUGAUUUUGGGUUGCACAUUAUAAAAGCAGCUUUCCUCCAACUUCCCAAUCACAAAAUUCCAUGAAUAGGACUGGUUCUUCAAUGGUCUAUUGGAUUCACAGUUAAUGUUCUAUUAUUAUUUCUUUUCCUCCAAACACUAUUUCCAUGGAAAAUCAAACUCGUGACCACAGAAGGCAAUGCACCAAAAAUUGUCGAAAAGUAUCAUAGCUAGGCUUACACCAAGAUAUUGAACUUGUACAAAUGUAGCAUCACAGAGCACUGAAGGCCAUCUAGAGUCUAAAAGGAGGAUGGGAUACCAAAAGUUCA